AUGGCUCCCGAGGUUGUUUCUAGCGAGUACGACUUCGCGGCGGACGUGUGGUCUCUCGGCGUGGUUCUUUACAUUCUGCUCUGCGGCGCGCCGCCUUUUGGCGGGAAGGACGACGCGCAGAUCAUGCGGUCGAUCUGCCACGACGAGCCGGAUUUCUCCUCGCCCGCGUGGCAGAGCGUGUCGGCGGAAGCGAAGCUAUUCGUCCGGUGCCUGUUAGUUAAAGACCCAUCGCGCCGCCCUCCGGCGUACAAGCUCCUGGCGCACCCGUGGAUCCUCGUGCACACGCGCGGCGGGCGGAUCGUACGGCGAAAGGUGUUCGCGAUGAACGGACGGCAGGCAAGGGCGGGCGGCAUGAGCGCCGCGGUGACCGGCGCCGGGUUUGCGUCGCCGCUGCGGCCGCGAGCUGGGCCUCACGCGGGGUUCGCGGUGGGAACGCCGGUGCGGUCGUGUGGGUCGACGAGCGUCGCCGCUGCGCUGCUGUCUCCCUUAGCGAUUGCUGCCCCUGUGACGCCAGCGAUGACGCCAGCAAUGGCGCCGCUCCUGUCCCCACAGAUCGGAGUAACGCCGAUUCUGGGGAGAAUCGCGGCGAUGCGAGUGGCGGGGUCGCCGUCGCCGCUCUCCGCGCCGUCAGUUCCGGCGUCUCCUGCGGGGCACGCGCAAUGGGUUGCGCCGUCGCCCGUGUUUGGAUCGCCACUGGGAGGAGGGGGCAAUGCGGUGGUGGUGGAUCUCGCUCCCAUAUCUCCCUGCCUGGCUCUUGCUCGAAAGCCCCUCGCUCUCUCAGCAGCUCGGAAGCUCCUCACGCCGUCCAGCACCCUCGCACCGCCUACUCUCACCCACCCCUCUCCACCGCUCUCAGCCCCACGAGCCGCACUCCCCACCCCGCCCGCUUCCGGAGAAUUCCAGCUUCCGCCAGCCGCGUUUCCUCCUGCUGCUGCUGCUGCUGCUGCUACCUCCGCUCUUCCUGCCGCUUCUCUCUCUGCUCUUUCAGCUGCCUGCGACACUUUAGUUUCCUCCUGUGCAUCUGCGUCCGCCUCUCAAUCCUCCUCAUCCUCUACAGUCCCCUAUGCUGCUCCUUCUGCUCCUUCUGCACAUCUGCCCAAGGCGACUUUGCCUCCCUCAGUGCCUGCUCUGACGACCAUUACACCCGAUGCAACCCCCGUGCUCGGUCCUUCUCAUCCCAACACAGAGCCAAGCCCGCUGACUGCCCCGCUACCACUCGUAGCACCAACGGCGGCGAAAACACAACUGCAGAACAACAACCUGAAGGGGUGUGGUAACUUAGUUACCGCAGCGUUUGCCAGCACGACGAUGACGCUCGGAAAUGGACAUGCCGAUGAUAGCUGGGGGUCGGUUGGGUCUGCUGCUGAGAUUGCUCCGGCUUCUGCUGCCCUGGCAUCCAUGGCCUCCGGUUCAGUCACUUCCGCUGACUUGGUUUUGAACGGUGGUGAUAUCUCUGGCGGACCAUUAGGAUUGGCAGAUAUGCCUGGGAUGUCGUCACUUCGGCGGUGUCUUUUUGCGUGA